GAAUUCCAGCCUGCUGAGACUUCUCUCUAGAAUCAUCCAAAAUGGAGCCUCUUACAGCUUACCCAUUAAAAUGUGCCGGGCCCAAAGCAAAGGUAUUUGCAGUUUUGCUGUCAAUGGUUCUAUGCACAGUAAUGCUGUUUCUUCUACAACUAAAAUUCCUAAAACCUAAAAUCAACAGUUUUUAUGCCUUUGAAGUAAAGGAUGCAAAAGGAAGGACCGUGUCUCUGGAAAAGUUUAAAGGCAAAGUUUCACUAGUUGUAAACGUGGCUAGUGACUGCCAACUCACAGACAGAAAUUACUUAGCACUGAAGGAACUGCACAAAGAGUUUGGACCAUCGCACUUCAGCGUGUUGGCUUUUCCAUGCAAUCAGUUUGGAGAAUCGGAGCCCCGCCCCAGCAAGGAAGUAGAAUCUUUUGCAAGAAAAAACUACGGAGUAACAUUCCCCAUCUUCCACAAGAUUAAGAUUCUAGGAUCUGACGCAGAACCUGCAUUUAAAUUUCUUGUUGAUUCUUCAAAGAAGGAACCAAGGUGGAAUUUUUGGAAGUAUCUGGUCAACCCUGAGGGUCAAGUUGUGAAGUUCUGGAGGCCAGAGGAGCCUAUUGAAGUCAUCAGGCCUGACAUAGCAGCUCUGGUUAGACAAAUGAUCAUUAAAAAGAAGGAGGAUCUAUGAAAAUGCCAUUGAGCCAUUCUAAUGCAAUAGUCAGAACACAGAAAUGUCUCCAUGAGGGUUUGGUCUCCUUUAAACACUCUGACAAUCAAAUGUGGCAAUGAAGGAUGACUUUUUUCAUGUUAUCUUGCUGGUCUGUGGUAAUGAAUGUCCCCAGGAUAAAGAUGUUACCCAAAGAAAAAUAAAGAGUAGCCAAAGAAUCAAAAGGAAAUAUAUAAAAUACCAUACUAAAAAAUUCAGAAUACACAGUGAUCAAUGUGCUUCAAUAGCAUAUUGCUCAACUUGACAUUUUCUCGAAUUGUACUUGAGGCAAACACCAACACACUAGACCACUGUUUGGAUUCAAGAACACUGUUACUGUGUGUGACUGAAAUUUUUGGAGUAACUGUAAAUGAAUAUGUUGAUGUAAUACACACAAAAUAAAUGUUGAAAAAUGUAAAAUAUAUAUACAUAAAUUCAAACCUUUA